AAUGUCACCUAAUCAGCAACUGCCUAACUCCUUCAAGCUGAGAGCACCACCUUGGUAGUGAGAAGCCUGGAGGGGUUCUUCUUCCAGGUGACGAUGGAGGCCCUUAUCUCUGCAGUUGUUGGUGAUAUUGUCAGCAGAGCCAUAUCCAUCAUGUUCGGGAAGUGCCGCGAGCAGACAACCACUGAGGACCUGCAGAGGUUGCACCAACUGCUUAUGAGAAUAGCUGUAGUCGUUGAGGAGACUGAAGGGCGGUGCGUUACAAACCGAGGGAUGAUCCAUCAGAUUAGCAACAUGAAAGAGCAAAUGUUCAGAGGGUACUUCCUUCUCGACGCCUUCAGGUGCAGUGGGAAGAAAAUGGAGGACAAGGAGGUGAGUUUUGCUAAAUCCAAAUUUAAUCCGGCUAAGCGCUUCCGCCUCCUUUCUAGCAACAGUCAAAUUGAGAGCAUGAUAAUUGGUAGAGACAGAAGUAAGGAGUUAAAGCAGGUUAUUCUUGUCCUGGAGAACGUGGUUGCUGAUAUGAAGGAGUUCGCUAUAUUUCUGAUGAGCUACCCUCGCAUAUAUCGACAACCUUAUGGGGCAUACUUAUUUGUUGACAAGUGCAUGUUCGGCCGCCAAAUGGAGAGGGAGCUAGCCAUCAGCUUCUUGCUGCACGCUGAGCCUCCAGGGAAUGAAAAAUUUGGUGUCCUUCCAAUUGUUGGUCCUCCACUUAUUGGGAAGAGUACUCUUGUGGAACAUGUAUGCUACGAUGACCGUGUGCGCAAUCACUUCUCCUUGAUCUUGCUCUACAUCGAAAACGACCUCAAAGAUGAAGCAGUGACAACAUUUAGAGAUAAUUGUGUGAUCAAGCAUCAAAAUGUUGCCUUGGAUGGAGAAAGGUCGUUGCUCAUCAUUGAGCUCUUAGGGGACGUGGAUAGAGUUGCAUGGAAAAGGCUGCUGCAGUUUGCUGAAAGAUGCAUGACACAUGGGAGCAAAAUCAUAAUUACUAGCCGAUCAGAGAAGACAGUCAGUUUUGGAACAACAGAAGCCCUCAGGCUAAAUUAUUUGUCUACAGAAGCUUACUGGUAUUUCUUCAGGAUGCUCGUGUUCGGCAGCACAGAUCCAGAGGAGCACCCAAAGUUAACGUCCAUAGCCAUGGAGAUAGCCUGUGAAAUGUGUGGAUCUUUCAUAUUUGCAUAUGUUGUUGCCACCUUACUGAGAGCAAAUCUCAGUGCUCGCUUCUGGUGCAGAGUUCUCAGACACCUUACGGAACACAGGAAGAAGAAUCUCUUCUUGUUAGGUGAAUAUCCUCUUGUGGAUGGUCGGCCUCGGUAUGUUUGGAGCAUGGCCAAAACUCCGCAAGGUUCUGAGGAUAUUAAGUUCUUUAUAUGUGGUGACUACCAAAAAAGGCCUGAUUCUCACGGCGAGGUUCCGAAGAUAACAGGGGUGGAUCUGCUGUCAGGGACCUGGAGCGCUAUGCCACAGGGGAAAUUUGAGGUCUUGUCAUGGAAGUCUCGCAUACCACCAUACUACAUCUACACAGCUAAUUGCCAGUUUGUCCAGCAGGAGAGUGGUCUCACCCUCACAGCAUAGAGUAUGGUGACAUUGCUUAAAGUUACUGCUGGUUCUCUUCUUGUCUACUGGUCAUGGCUCGACAGAUCAGUAGGUAGGCAAGACUUGCUAUCUUGCUCAAUGUUAGUGCUUGAUUUAAGUUGCUGUGUUUCUUCCUUUCUUGACCAAGUUGUUGGGUAUUUGGAACCCAGUAGCAAAAUCCCCGUGUAAGGCUCAAUUGCUGAUUGU